CUAAUUUAAGCUUCCUGAAAGAAAUAAGAUUUUGCUGAGCUUUCCUACAACGGUUUCUGUAAAGCAAAACUUUGCGGGUAGGAAUGCAGUGGAGUUGGACCUUCGACUGUCCUCUGAGACAAAAACUCAACAUGGUCCGAGUGUGAGGAACGAUGGCAGGAGCAAUAGAGCUGCUAGAAUCUUUGGAGGACUUGGGAGACAGAGAAUUUAAGAAGUUUAAGUGGUACCUGCAGCAGGCAGAGUUCCUGAAAACCAUCUCAUCCAUCCCAAAAUGCCAGCUGGAGAGUUCAGAUCGUGAGGAUACCGUGGACCUGAUGGUGCAAACCUACAGCCGUCAAUGUGUGGAGGUGGCCAGAAUGGUUUUACAGAGGAUAAACAGGAAUGAUCUGGUACAAAGGUUGUCAAAUGCUGCAUCCAAGGCUUCAGAGGAGGUUUCUCCAACAGAAACCUGCAGUCAUGAGGUCAUUGUUGGCAAUGAGGGAGUUGAGGUCCUGCCCAAGAACACGUUGGCAUCCAACAGAGAAAGAAACCAACACACUGAGUCAAUUGAGGAACAGCCACUCGACUCUCCUGAUCCACCUUCACCACAGCCGUCUGAUGAGCCAGAUCCUGCCAAAUCUGCAGCAGCUGAAGGACUAAUGGACUCUACACCAAACAAUCAGCCAGAUCCUGCCAAAUCUGCAGCAGCUGAAGGACUAAUGGACUCUACACCAAACAAUCAGUUUUCUCUUGUCUCUGUGGAGGUCAGCAGUGAUGAAGAGAAUGAAGCAGAUUUAUUUCUUUAUCCAUCAGACGCUCUGUCAAUCACAAAGCAACCUGAAGGUGUGAAGAUGUCGGCACUGCCUUGUCCACAAACCACAUCAAACCCGGCCGUGCUGCAGUCCAACCUCCAGAACAUGUUCCUAUCUGUGAAAGAUGAUUGGUUGGAGAAGCAUGACGAGGAAACUCUAUGCUACCUGGAUCAAGAGCUGUUCAUCACCUAUGAACGGGGUCAGCAUAAGGUCACAGGCUCAGAAACAGGAACAUCUAAAUCAGUGAAUAUCAGCAACAUGUUUCAACAUCUGUCCAAAACAGGCAAAUCCAGCAGAACAGUGGUGACCAAAGGAUGUGCUGGCAUUGGCAAAUCCUUCCUAGUGCAACAGUUUAUGCUAGAUUGGGCUGAAAAAAGGUUCAAUCAAGAAUUUCAUCUCGUUUUCCCUUUUGAUGCUCGUCGGCUGUGUUUAUGGAGAGAAGAGACGUUCACUCUGGCAGAGCUAAUUCACACAGUUGUUCCGGGAAUGCCGUCCAGCGGCAUCACGGCGGAGAAUCUUAGCGAAAUCUUCACAGAUUUACAAAAUGUGAGAGAAACCAGAAGUGAAUUCAAACUUCUGUUUAUCAUCGAUGGUCUGGAUCAGGAUCUCUUGAAGUUUUAUUUUCUGAGCGGGACAAAUAAAUCGAACGUAAGAAAGUCAAGUAGAGUAGAAGUACUUCUUACUAAGCUCAUCUUGAAGAAAUUGCUUCCUGCUGCUUACCUCUGGAUAACCACGCAAUCCGAAGCAGCCGGUCAGAUCCCUCCUAAUUUUGUUGACUUGGUGACGGAGCUCAGAGGGUUCAACGACCCGCAGAAAGAGGAGUACUUUAGGAAGAGAUUCAGAGAUGAGCCACGGGCCAGCGAAAUCAUCUCCUUCAUCAAGACAUUAAAAAUCAUUCAUUUCAUGUGUUGCAUGCCAGUUUUCUGCUGGAUCACUGCUGUGGUUCUGGAGAACCUGUGGGAAACAAGAGAGAGGGGAGCUCUUCCCAGCACCCUGACGGAGAUGUUCGUAGAGUUCCUGGUGGUUCAGAUCAACCACAUGAAGGAAAACUAUAAUGCUAGAAAGUGCAUCAAGUCUCUGGCCAAACUGGCCUUCAAGCAGCUCCUCAGAGAUAACCACAUAUCUACAGAAGAGGACUUAAGAAGCUGUGGCCUUAUGACAUCAGGGCGCUCCGAAGGGUUCAGAGAGAUCGUCAAGACAUUUUCUGGAAAGACGUCAGACAAUUACCAGAAGAUAAUUUUUUGUUUUACUCAGUCCAGCAUUCAGCAGUUUCUUGCUGCUGUUCAUGUCAUCACUUCCAACAACAAAAAUGUGAUGCGUGAGUCAUGGCUGACAGUUGAGAACUGCCUCCCCUGUUUGGCAAGAACCUCGACAACAAAACUUCAUAAAACAGCAUUGAAGAAAACCUUGAAAACUCCAAAUGGAAAGCUCUGGUUGUUCCUACGGUUCAUCAUGGGUCUUUCUCUACAGACAAAUCAGCUUCUUCUACAUAACCUGCUGCCACCCACAAGAAGUACCUCAUGGUCCAACCAGAAAAUAAUUAAGUACAUGAAGAAACAAAUCAGCGAGAGUACAUCACCAGAAAAGAUCAUAGUAAUGUUUCUCUGUCUGAAUGAGCUGAAGGAUGACUCUGUCGUGGAGGAGAUCCAAAAGUGCCUGAGAUCACAACGUCUUGCCUUGGAUAAAAUAUCACCUGAUCAGUGGUCAAUUCUGAACUUGAUCUUAAUGUCAUCAGAAAAACAUCUAGAUGAGUUUGACCUGAACAAAUACUCUGCGUCUGAGGAGGUUCUGCUGCAGCUCAUGCCUGUCUUGGCAGCUUCCAGAAAAGCUUUGUUAACAGGCUGCAGAUUAUCAGAGCAAUCCCUGGAAGCUCUUUCUCUGGUCCUCAGUUCUCAUUCCUCCAAUCUGAAAGAACUGGACCUGAGCAACAGUGACCUGCAAGAUUCAGGAGUGAAGCUGCUCUCUGUUGGGCUGCAGAGUCCAAACUGUAAACUGGAAAGUCUCAGGUUAACAGGCUGCAGAUUAUCAGAGCGAUCCCUGGAAGCUCUUUCUCUGGUUCUCAGUUCUCAUUCCUCCAAUCUGAAAGAACUGGACCUGAGCAACAGUGACCUGCAGGAUUCAGGAGUGAAGCUGCUCUCUGUUGGGCUGCAGAGUCCAAACUGUAAACUGGAAAGUCUCAGGAUGUCUAACUGUUUGAUUGCGGAGGCUGGCUGUGAUUUUUUGGCUUCAGCUCUGAACACCAACCCCUCCCACCUCAGAGAACUUGACCUGAGUCACAACAACCCAGGAGAGUCAGGGAUGGAGCAGUUAAUCGCUGGACUAGAGCACCCAACCUGGAGACUACAGACACUUCGGUUGGACCACUGUGGAGAGCAGAGGCUGUCGCCUGACAUCAGGAAAUAUACCUGUGUACUUGAGCUGGACUCAAACACAAUAAACCAAAACCUCAAAAUGUCCAAAUGCAGGAGGAAAGUAUUUUCAUGUUACCAUGAAUAUCCAGAUCACAGUGAAAGAUUUGACUGCUGGUCCCAGGUGCUGUGCAAACAUGCUCUGCCUGAUCGUUGUUACUGGGAGGUGAAAUUGAAAGGACUGGUUUAUGUAGCUGUAAGCUACAGAGGAAUCAGAAGAAAAGGAAACAACUUGGAAUCUCUGUUCGGAAGAAAUGACAGGUCCUGGGCUCUGUCAUGCUUCCUCAACAAGUUUGCUGUCUUCCAUAUCAAAGAAAAACAGGAAAUACGUUUGCCCUCCCAUGUUUAUGACAGAAUAGGCGUCUAUGUGGACCAGCCUGCUGGUAUUCUGUCCUACUAUGUUGUCUCCUUUGACACGUUGAUCCACCUCCACACCUUCCACACCACAUUCACCAAACCACUUUAUGCUGGAUUUGGAUGUGAUCCGGAAAAUGUACUUGACUGGUCCCAAAUUAGGUCUUCAGUGUCCAUUUGUUUACCGUUAUAGAAGCUGCUGCUGAGCAGAGAUCAGAUACUUAAGUAGUGUGUUGUUUAAUGUCUACUGAUUUAAAAUUACAGUAAAUUUGUUCAUGUGUUUGGAUUUUUACAGUAUAAACAGGAUUUUGUGUUGCUGUUUCUUCUCAAUGUUUUAAUUAGAUUAACAAGGUGAAAAUAUUGACUGUUCCAGGUUGGAAAAAAUCUUGUCUAAGUUUGAGAAAUACAAUUUAUUUUUGAUUUUUUUAAAAACAACAUUUCUGAUGUAUUUAAAUAAAAUAGCCAUCCAGGGUUUCAAGGUUUGAUUAACUUCUUUCCUCCUUGACCUCUUAACCCAACUGAGACUUUAUUUUACCAAACUUGUAUUUGAUUCAAUCUGUACUGAUUUAUUUUUAUGUUUUUAAUUCCUUUACAUUGUGGUGUGUUUAGCAUUUUCAUUUUAUUUGAUGUUUCCUUUUUUUCUUAUUUAUCUCUGAUGUUCCGCACUUUGUCUCAGCUGUGGCUGGUUUAAGAAAUUCUUAA